AAGAUCAUUAGUCAAUGAGUUGAUACCUCUUCUUUCGUCCCGAGAACAUCCUGAUUCCACUGCAAAUUCACACCUGUUCUUUAACGCUUCAAGUUAGACUGAAGCUAUAAUCGUAUCACCUAUAGAAGCUCCCUCAACGUUAUCCUUGUUGGGUUCUCAGAUUGGUUUCUGCAGUCUCUGCUUUCCUUCCAAUUGUUUGGUUUUUAAUGGCCUCGAGCUCUCAAAAAGCUUCUGUAUCUUUUCCGUCAUCAGCUCCUAGUUGGAAGUAUGAUGUGUUUUUGAGUUUUAGGGGUGUAGAUACACGCAAAGGUAUUACAUUUGAAUUAUACGAUCGCCUGCACAAUAGAAGAGGUAUUAAAACAUUCAUGGAUAACCAAGAUCUUGAAGUAGGAGCUCUUAUUUCUCCAAGACUCUUACAGGCAAUUGAAGAGUCAAGGGUUGCAAUUGUUGUCCUCUCCCCAAAUUAUGCUUCUUCGAAUUGGUGUUUGGAGGAACUUACAAAGAUUUCUCAAUGUAUGCAAGAUGAUGAUAGAAUUCUUCCAGUUUUUUAUCAUGUGGAACCCUCUGAUGUACGAUAUCAAAAGAAAAGUUUUGAAGUAGCUUUUGAUAACCAUGAAAACUCUGGGCGACAAGAAACCAAGCUGCAGCAGUGGAGAGAUGCUUUAAGUAGGGUGGCUAACAUCUGUGGAUGGCAUACACAAAAUUAUGAGACUGAAAGAGAUCUUGUCCGAGCCAUUGUGGAAUUUGUGUGCAGUAAAGUACAAUCUAUGAAAAUUAACUUUACAACGUCCACAGGAGAUUUUAAAGCAUUUGAAGCAACGAAACAAGCUAUGAAUAAGGUCAGGAAUGCGCUGAAUGAUGAUGAGGUCACUAUGAUUGGGGUUUACGGAAUGGGUGGUGUUGGAAAGACAACUAUGGUGAAACAUGUCUGUGCACAAAUGAAAAAAAGUAGACUUUUUAAUCAAGUGAUUAUGGCUGUUGUAUCUCAGAACCCUGAUUUGAGGAAAAUUCAAGGCACAUUAGCUGAUUUGCUAAACUUGAAAUUGGAAGAUGAGACAGAGAUAGGAAGAGCUAACAGAUUGGAGGAGAAGAUAAAAAGAGGAACCAGGAUCCUCAUAAUCUUGGAUGACAUUUGGAAUAGAAUAGAACUUUCAAGUAUAGGAAUUCCCAGCCACCACAAGCUUCAAAUAUGCAAUUCCAAAGUCCUACUGACGACAAGGAGAUUGUCUGUAUGUCAUUUCAUGGACAGCCAUGCCAACAUUCCACUCAAUAUCUUAUCAGAAGAAGAUUCUUGGAACUUGUUUGUGAAAGAAGCAAGACAAUCUUUUGACAAAUCCACCAAUUUCUAUGAUGUGGCGAGGGAGGUGGCCAGAGAAUGCGCUGGUUUACCAGUUGCACUAAUAGCAGUUGCAAGGGCACUUCGAUAUGCCAGUUUCAACGAAUGGAAAGACUCAGCUCAACGACUAAAAGCGUCUCAACCUGCCAUCCCCGAAGAUGAGGGAGAUGUGUACAAAUGCAUAAAGUUAAGCUAUGAUUAUUUGAAAACUGAUGAUUCAAAAUCAUGCUUCUUACUUUGCUGCCUGUUCCCGGACGACUAUGACAUCCCAGUUGAACAGUUGCUGAAGUAUGGAAUUGGGAAAGGGAUGUUUCAAGAUUUCAGCAUGCAAGAAGCUAGAGCCGCAAUGCAUUUGCUGUUGAAGGCCAUGAAAGCGUCUAGCUUGCUUUUGGACUCUAAAAAGAACGAAUGUGUAAGGAUGCAUGAUGUCAUUCGUGAUGUGGCCAUAUUAAUUUCGGUAUCUGAAGUUGGUCAACGGGUUUUGGUGAAAGCUAGUCGUGACUUGAAGCAUUGGCCAGUGAUUAAUGCACUUAGUGGCUACUCUGCAAUUUCACUAAUGAAGAACGAAAUUCGCAAACUACCUGAAGAGUUGGUAUGUCCAAACCUCAAGAUUUUACUACUUCAACACAAUCCUUAUUUAAAUGAGAUACCCAAGAGUUUUCUCCAUAUCCUGAAUGAUUUAAGAGUCUUAGAUCUUAGCCACACUAGUGUUUCAUUACUACCUCAAUCACUCAGUCUCCUAACCAACCUCCGGGCUUUGUAUUUAGAUUGUUGCAAGAAAAUGGUUGACUUUUCCAUACUAGGAAAACUUGAGAAGCUUGAGAUUCUUAGUAUGAGAGAAUAUCCUCUCAAGGAAUUGUCAAAAGAAAUAGGACGCUUGACCAAUUUAAGAAUGCUGGAUGUCAGUGAUAGUUUCUGGCAUGGACAUAUUGUUACAAUUCCACCUAAAGUGAUAUCAAAGUUGCAUCAUUUAGAAGAACUGUACAUGCAUUGCAGAUUCAGAGAGUUAGGGAGUAAAGUGGAAGAAGGAGAAGAGACUAGUAUUGGGUUUGAUGAGUUAACUGGCUUAUCAUAUUUAUACAUUUUGACGGUUCACAUAUGGGAUGUAAAAUGUUUGCCUAAAUGUAUAGAUUUCAAUCCAAAUUGGAUUUACUUUGAUAUCAGUUUCAGUAGACACGAAAGAACAACACAGAUUCAGUCUGAUAAUGGUCAUAAAUAUUCCAGAUCCUUGCUUCUUAACACUACUAUCUGCACCUUACCGGAUUGGUUUGUCAGUGUGGUGACAAAGCAAACAGAGAAGCUACAGUUUGCUGAGUGUGAAGAGUUAAAUAACAUUCUUGUGGAAUAUGACCAUGGGGGGUUAUGCGGGCUAAAGCAUCUCUCUAUCACUGGUCCAUGUCAGAAGUUGAAAGAGCUUAUGAACACAACAAGUCGGAUUUCAAAUAAACCUGUGUUCGAGAACCUGGAGGAGUUGCAUUUGGAUGGUGUGGAUUCCCUAACUGAAUUAUGCGUUGGUGAAUUACCACUUGGAUCUGUAAUGAAUCUUAAGCUGUUAAAUGUCUGUAAUUGUCGAAACUUGGGGAAUGCAUUGUUGCCAUCAAAACUGUUACAGAGGCUACCAAAUCUGGAAAAGGUGAUUUGCAAUGUUAUGGGUAGCAUGGAAUAUGUAUUGGGAUAUGACCGGUUUGAGCCAGAAGAAUCAAAAUUGAGUGAGAUGACACUGCUGAGUUUGUAUGCUCUGAGAAGCAUCUGUUAUGGUCCUGCUCCACGUAAAACGUUCCAGACUCUGAAAAGUUUGCUCAUUUACCAUUGCGAUCAGCUUCGAGGAAGCCUCUUCACAUAUGAUGUAGCUCAGUGCCUAUUUCAUCUGGAAGACCUUUUUGUGUUCGGUUGCCCUCUCCUGAAUAAAUUGAUUGAAGCAAGCGAUGAAGUAGUGAGCAACAAAUGGAUUGUUCUUCCAAAAUUGAAGAGCUUAGUCUUGCUGAUGCUUCCAAGACUGUCUAGUGAAAGUGCUACUGGUAUUGAGUCCCCUUCAUUGGUGCAUUUGUAUAUCCAGUAUUGCCCCAACUUCUCGACUGAUGCUAUUAACUUCCACAACAAGGGCCAAGUCCAACAGAAUAGUGAACCACAAAUGAGGUUUCUAUGGUCGAGAUUGAUGAAUAACAUACCGUAGAUGAUGGGCAUACAAGAAGCAAAAGAGUUCUACAUUGGCACAUAGGGCGAUUGCUCAGCUGCUCGUGAAGCUUUACUCAAUCUUGUACAAUAUAUGCCACUGUGUUGUUGAUAUAUAUAAAGCCGGACAUCCGCACGGUGCGGAUUCGACGAUUCCGGCCACUGGCGACGCGCAACGACAACGCCGAUCAACACAGCCGCACUCCCCUCCGCCCGGCACUCCUGUCUGUGUUGGCCGGCCGAAAUCUUGAAAUUUCAAAUUUCUGGAAACCGUGCGGAGAUUUUGAGGUUUCGGCCGGCACAAACAUGAGCCAAAAUUUCUCAGCUGCGGACGUCCGCACCGUCCAUACGGUGCGGAUUCGGCGAUUAUGGCCAUCGGCGACCAGCACAACCUCACCCCUCCGCACGGUUUCCAGAAAUUUGAAAUUUUCAAGAUUUCGGCCGACCCACGCCGGCGCUGUAGCUCCGGCCGGCACAGACAUGAGUGUCGGGAGGAGGGGAGUGCGGCUAUGCUGGUCGGUGUUAUCGUUGCGCGUCGUCGGUGACAAGAAUCGCCGAAUCCGCACCAUACGGACCGGAGAAAUUUUGGCUUCCUUAACAUAUACCCUGCUCUUGGACAGUUUAAGAAAGUAGCUUAUUGAUCUAGAAUCCAAUUUAGUAUAUCAAACUCUGUAAUGUUGUUUUUGAAUAUCAAGAUCUCAGAACUCCAUUAAUCUCUGUAAU